AUCUACAUACCUAGUAGCCCCAAACCCUCAUUAUCUUCUCUGAAACCCUUACCUUCCUUUCGUUUCGUUUCACAUCCAUGGCGGCAACAAUGGCUGCAACAGUAGCCCGAUCAAUCCUGACCGUCCGAUCAAUGUCAUCGUCAUCGUAUCUAUGUUUUUCUAAACGGCUCUUGUCAUCCUAUUCUUCUAUAGGCAAAGUCCCUCCACUUCCUGGCUUUGUUCGAUCGGUCCGCUCCACGAGCAUGAUCUCUCACUCCGUCCGUUUUGCCGCUCCGGCGGCGAUUCGAUUGAACCAGAUACGGUGCAGGGCGAACCGGUCUGGUGGGUCCACCUACUCGCCACUCAACUCCGGGAACAUAAGCGAUCGGCCUCCGACCGAGAUGGCUCCGCUGUUUCCGGGUUGCGAUUACGAACACUGGCUCAUUGUCAUGGACAAGCCCGGUGGCGCCGCCACCAAGCAGGAGAUGAUCCAGUGUUACAUCGACACACUUGCAAAGGUCCUUGGAAGCGAAGAGGAAGCCAAAAAGAAGAUUUACAAUGUGUCUUGUGAGAGGUACUUUGGGUUUGGAUGCGAGAUUGAUGAGGAGACAUCGAAUAAGCUUGACGGUAUGCCCGGUGUUCUGUUUGUCCUGCCUGAUUCUUAUGUUGAUGUUGAGAAUAAGGAUUAUGGCGCGGAGCUGUUAGUGAAUGGAGAGAUAGUUAAAAGGUCUCCAGAGAGGCAAAGGAGAGUGGAGCCACUGCCCGAAAGAGCCCGAGACAGACCAAGAUACAAUGACCGAACCCGUUAUGUGAGGCGCCGUGAAAAUAGGCAGUAAACCAUAAUGGCUGUUAUAUGUUUGUUAUGGAGUAGGUUGCUAGGUGUCAUGUUGGUGUCACUUUGUUCUUAAUUAUGUCAUAAAAAUGAUUUUAAGGUUGUUCUUUGGACUUUUGUAGAUUCAGGCACUUUUGUGUCAACGUUGCUACUGAGAUGUUUCUUAUCCAUAGAACUUAAAAGGAUUUUCGUUGCUGUGA